UCAGGCGCGUGAGUGCUGAUGGAAGUGUAAGGUUGGUCUUGGUCGAUUGAUAAUCACGUCAAAUUUUUCUACACUAUAUAAUUUUAAAAAAACUACUUGUGUUCAAUAAAAAAAUAUUUAUAAUCAUGUUUAGUUCUCGUGUAUUCAUAUUUAAAUUUUUUGGACUGGGUUUAAUUUUUUCUACUGUUACGUCAAGUAUCACUGAUGUCCCAGUUUUAAUUUGGGGAGGCGACAGCUCAACAAAAUCAAUCAGCAAACCCUUCAAUUUAUUUGAUAAGACAUCGCAAAAAGACUUCAAAGAUAUUGUCACCAAAAAAGUUGGUGAUUCACAAUUACCUGUUAUUGUUUUUUAUAAAGAAAGUUUUUGUCGUGAAGAUGUUACGCUACAUGACAAUGAUCAAUGGAAGCAGCUUAAAAAAUUCGGAUCACUGCAAUACAUACCGGAAGUUGAUAGACCUUUUAUGAUAAUUGAAACCUUGCCAUUUUACAACCAGUCAUCAGAUGAAGAUUUGAAUUCUGUGUCGAAUGGUCAACUUGUUAUAAACAGAGCGAAUGAUCUUGACUUUGUUUUUGAAACAUUUAAAAUGUUAAAAGAAUCAAGUCCUUAUUUACUUGGAAUACUGACUGGCAAAACUUGCACUCUCAGUCGACCAGAUCGGAUCAAAAGAGCAGCAGCCACAGCAGAACCUUUAGCGCAAAAUGAUACCGAUCCUAUAUUUGUUCAAUCUGAGCGAGUUUUGUUCUAUCUUGAAAAACCACCAGCUCUCCAGAUGAAAGGAUCAGAAUUUAUCAGCGUUGGACAACCAAAAGAAGUCAAAGAUGAAGGCCAAGGAACCAUAGAUUCUCCGAUAGUUCUCAAAAUGGACUUCGAUGUCGUCGGUAAUGACACGUCGUCAUACAAAGCAAGUCUGGCUUUUGAAAUAAUUCCAAAAACGUCUGGUUACUACACAUUGCACAGAGUAAACGUAACUCGGGACAGCAAAGAAUUCUCGUUGUUCACCAAAACAGACCUAACCUGGCCCCAGAACUUUUCUUAUCACUGCGGGCAGGUAGUACAGUUUUCAAAAUCAAAAUCAAACGAAACUGAAGAGAUAAAAUUGAAUUUGUACAACAUCCAAGUACAAUUAUUCGCUAGAAAAUUCAGUGAUACUUACGAUUGCGUUGGUUUCACAUCGAUAUCUAUUUGGUCUGGUAUAUUUGUCACUGCUAUUCUCGGGCUUAUUAUGAUCUGGGGUUUGAUAAUGAUGAUGGACAUUCGUACCAUGGACAGAUUCGAUGAUCCUAAAGGUAAAACAAUAACAAUAUCGUCACAAGAUUAAAAUAAAUAAAAUUAUAUAUAAUAAUUACAUACUCGUAUUGCAUAUUAUCAUGUAAAUAUGUCUGUAAGUCUUGUAUAUUUCAAGCUUCAAUAUUAAUUAUAUAGAUUUUAAGAAUUCAAUAUAAAAAAAAUAUGUUUGUUA